AUGGGUGACGGAAACCACCGCAGACGGCGUCUGCCCCAGCGCGGGCUGUGCACGCCCGCUCGCCCGCGUCCUCCCGGCUCCCCCGUUCCGCGCAGGCCCCAGCGGCCCGCACAGCCAGGGCCCCGCCGGGGCGCACACCGCGGGGCAGACCCCGAGACCAGCAGGGCCCGGGGCCGCUGGCCUGAGGCCCGCCGGCCGCCAGCCGGGCCCCACACUUGCCUGACUCCUCAGCGGGACCUCCGGGCCCCGAAGCCCGCGCUGGGCCUCGCCCGGUGCCCCGAGGCGUCCAAGGCGGGCACCUCCGAGGACCCGACGCGCCGGGUCGCGCCGAGAACAAAAGUUACCGGGGCCUCGCACGGUAGCCUCCUGAAAAACCACACGUCCCAGAAGUCUCCGCGGCCGCGCGCGUUCUCGGCGCACCGCGAGAAAAACGGCCCGGGCUCCCUAGGAAACCACAGCGCCUGGGGCCGUCGUCGCAGAGUGGCUCAAGCAGGACACAGAUGCAAAGUAUCGAGAGGACAACAGUCGUCUCUGGAGAACUCUGCUUCCCAGAACCAACGGCAGCCCUCUACGGGCGUUGUGAAGACAAUGACUUCCGAACCACAAAACUACACUUCCCAGAAGAUGAUGCGGCCGCGAAAGGUCUUCCGGGUCAUUCGUUCGCUCGCACAGAGGUUCUUCUGCCCGCGCACGGGCGGCCCCUGCUGCUACCGGACAGGAACUGGCCUCUACCCCGGAAGGGUCCUCUCAUCCGAAACCUUCUCCACGCUGUCCAGCUCGAGGAAAACAGCAUGUGGGGCUCUGGACUGCCUGUACGAGUGGUGAUUGAGGACCACAACCA